AUGCGUCGCCAUGGCAGGGCCGGCGGCGGGCCAACGAAGGCCGUCUCGCCCAUGUCUGAUAACCUGUCCCUUAUACAUUCCUUCGAUUCGGUGAUGAACCCGAACCGACCUGCGCGCCCUUCGCCCUUAGCCUCCUCCCACAUUAAAGCGCUGCCCCUGGAACUGGUCGAUCCCACACCUGAAUCCUUCUUGAUCGAAGUCGGACAGCACCUCCGCCCACAACUCCAUGCCCCGAAUGACUACAUCCUGACUGAAGGCGACGAUGCGAGGGCAAUCUACUGGUUGGUCCGUGGUGCAGUCUCAGUAACAUCGCGUGAUGGCGAAAGUAUAUAUGCUGAGUUGAAGCCUGGGGCAUUUUUUGGUGAAAUUGGUGUGUUAAUGGAUCGGCCACGUACCGCGACGAUUAUUGCUCGCACCCGAUGCAUGCUGGUCGUGCUCUCUAAGGACGACUUUCGAAAUAUAUUACCGCGCUUUCCAGAGGUUGAGCGCGCAAUUAUGGAAGAGGCUCAAGAGCGAUUGAUGAUUCUAGAAAAGAAAAAGAAAGAAACAUCGGCACCAGCCGUAGAUGACGAACCGAGUCCAACCGGUGUGCGGAGAGGCUCAAAACGACUGCGAGAAAGCUUUUCCAAAGACCUCAUCGUUGCAGAAGACGAUGAUUUAAGUGUCAAGUCCGUGCAUAAGAAGCGGAAAUCACCGAGCCCGGGCCGCCGCGAUGCGGCCAGUGCUCUAGCUAACGGAUUGGUGAACGUGCGUCUCUUGCUUAAAGAACUGCCUCUCUUCUCUGGAUUGCCGGCCGAUAUUCUUCACUUCUUGGGAUUGAAUGCCCAACCCUCCUCUUUCCCUCCAUUCACCGAUAUCAUUCAGCAAGAUACCCAGGGCCGUGAACUUUAUUUCAUCGUCCGCGGCGAAGUGGAGGUUUUGACUGAAAAGCGGCCAGUGAAUGAACAAAAUGGCAAGACUAAUGGGGUUAGUCACUCUGGUGUCGAAAUUAAAGCGCGUCUCAGACAGGGCCAGUACUUUGGAGAAGUGGUUAGCCUAGCUUUGGCUCCCCGAAGAACUGCAACUGUUCGCUCAGUCACCUCUGUUGAAUGUCUUAUGCUUAGUGGCGACAUACUAUCCAAGUUCUGGGAGAUGUGCCCCAUUGAUAUCAAGGAACAGGUCGAGCGGACUGCCCAAGAGAGGCUGCAGGCAGCUUCGGACGGCGACGUGGUUAUGACCGACGCGAUCGAGGACCCCUCUUCAAUGCGCGACUUGAAUAUUGAUGAUCGAUUCAAAUUCACGUCUUCUCGCAGAAAGUCUAUGCCUCUAUUGACAUUGACGGAGACAGAGCUCGAUGGUCCACACCAAUCUGUUUCAGGCGAGGAUCAAGAGCACCCCUUGGCACGACCUUCAGAUCCUGACCCGUAUCUGAGUCUUGGGCUGGACAAAGUCCGGCUUCGAAGUCGGCGUGGUUCAGUGGCUCCAUUGACACCAGAAGAAAUGACUGGCGAACAUCAGCGAUACUCACCUCCUGAACCGCGAUCUGCCAGCUCAUCCUCAUUUGCGCUCCCGGAAAGUGUCGAUCUCUCAAAAUCGCAAAAAGUCUCUCGAUCACCUGCAGGUGCUCACUAUGGUGUGUUCCCAGACAGUGUGCUGCUGAAUAUCUUCCGUUUCUUGGAACUCCACCACCUUCUUCGACUACGUGCUGUGUCAUCUCACUGGUCUGAAAUUCUGAACACAUCAGAAGAAGUGAUCCAGGAUUUGGACUUGAGUGUUUAUAACCGCAGAGUCACCGAUGAAGUGCUCGUGAAGGUCAUUUGCCCAUUUGUGGGUAACAGACCACGCUCGGUUAACAUCAAUAACUGCUUUCAUGUUACGGAUGAGGGGUUCAAUGCUCUUGCGACUACCUGUGCACCAAACUCCAAAAUAUGGAAGAUGAAAAGUGUUUGGGAUGUCACAGCUUCUGCAAUCCUGGAUAUGUCUAGCAAAGCCACUGGUCUACAGGAAGUCGACUUGAGCAAUUGCCGGAAAGUUGGUGAUACCCUCAUGGCCCGUAUUCUUGGGUGGGUAAUUCCCGGAAACCAAAGGCCCACUGAGGGUAAAAGUGCUUCUAUCAAGCCCACUUUUCAAACUUCAGAUAGCCUUGUUUAUGGCUGUCCAGAAUUGAAGAAACUCACACUCUCAUAUUGCAAACAUGUGACAGAUCGAUCUAUGCACCACAUUGCAUCUCAUGCAGCGGGACGAAUCGAAGAGAUGGAUUUGACACGCUGCACAACAAUCACGGAUCAAGGAUUUCAGUACUGGGGUAAUGCCCGCUUCACCAACCUACGCAGACUUUGCUUGGCAGACUGCACAUACCUAACGGACAAUGCCAUUGUUCAUCUGACAAAUGCGGCUAAACAGCUCCAAGAGUUGGAUUUGUCCUUUUGUUGCGCCUUAUCUGAUACAGCGACCGAAGUUCUUGCACUCCAGUGCUCUCAAUUAAAGUAUCUCAAUAUGUCAUUCUGUGGGUCAGCGAUCUCCGAUCCUUCUCUUCGCAGCAUUGGCCUUCACCUCCUCUCACUCCAACACUUAUCCGUCCGUGGUUGCGUUCGUGUUACUGGAGUUGGUGUGGAAGCUGUUGCCGAGGGUUGCCACCAACUUGAGUCCUUCGACGUGAGCCAAUGCAAGAACCUUCUCCCUUGGCUUGAAGAUGGUGGUGCCAUGCGAUAUGAGCCACGGGUCGAGUUCCAGAUCGUUGCCUCCAACGCACGACAUUCUCGAUAA